AAAACGUCGGAAGAAGGGGUCGAGUACAAUUUUAGCAUUGUCGAGCAGACCGAGUUCGUAGACGAUGCCACCUUUCAACCGUUUAAGGUGGGCAAAAUGGAACCGUACAGCAAACGUUGUUCGGCGAUCCGAUUAUGUUCCCAGGAGAAGCUAAAAUACAUUUGCAAAAACCAGCUUGGCAUUGAGCACGAGUACGAGGAGGUUGUUCUGCCGGAGGGUCGGUUCCUAGUCGAUGGGUUUGUUUGUGUGUUCGAUGUCAGUGUGGUUCCCAGCCGAACUGUUGAGAAGCAGAUCGAGUGUACCAAUCACAUCAUAAACAACAUUUUGAGAAACAAGAAACCCGUCGUACUGGUGACGACCAAAAAUGAUGACGCCAACGAGUUGUACAUCCGAGAGGUGGAAAAAUUUUGCAGCCGGAAGGAGUACAAAGGUCAGAUAGUGAUGGUGGAAUCUUCGGCCCACGAGAGCAUAAACGUCGAUUUGGGGUUCAUCAUUCUCGCUCAGAUAAUCGACAAAGCGAAGCAACGCUCUAAAAUUGUAUCGUACGCGGAAGCAGCCAAACAGCGCACAGACUUGCUGAACGCCAGCUCCGAGUAUGUGACCCGCCUAAUACGCACCCAAAUAACAGAUCAUCGAUCAAUUUGGACCAGUUCGUCCAAAAAGCUUGCGAGCCACAAAGAGUGGAAUGACUUCCUGGAACUCUUCGGGCAGGAAGCUGGCCAGAGGAUAUUUCGUCGCCAUAUUAAGAAACUACGCGAGGACUACCAAGCGAAGAAACUUCAGAGUUAUAUGGAGUCGUUCGCGUGUGUCCUACAGGAAAUUUUACCCGACAUGAACAGUAUUAGCCUGGAAAUGGAUGCGUUCAAUGAUUGGCAGUCGAUACGGAAUUACUUUCGAAAUCACGUGGAGUACGAGCAGUAUUUCUUUGACGCGGUCGAACGUGGUGGUAGCUGGGCGGAGCUGAGCGAUAUGAGUGACAUGGAGGAUGAGAACCGGAUACCGUUUGAUAUUUUAGAUACGGCCGAGGCGGAAACGGUUUUCAAAAAUCACAUGAAUGCGCUGCAGCAGGAACAAAAGCGAUUGGAAUGGAAAAAACAGUUCAAGAAGUUACUGGAGGAAACCGGUUACGUGACGCCGGGAAAGCAGCUCUCCGAGGUGCGGGUCCUGUUCAUGGGACGCGAAUGUUUUGAGGCACUAUCCGAGCAUGAUUGCCAGCAGAUCUACGACAACCACCAGCGGGAAUUGAUCGAAACGGCCAAGCACAAUUUCCAGGAAUUGCUAAUGGAACAUGCCGAUCUAUUCUAUCAUUUCAAAAAUAUUGAACCGUCAGGGACGAUUACGCAAAACGACGUGAAGGAGAUUACAGAUGUGUUGCAGGAAGAUCUGCGGUAUAAACUGCUUGAUCGACUAGAUCAGGAUCGGAAAUUGAUGCUGUUUCAGCACUUGGGAUUCGUGCACUGUCCAAUCCGAGAGCAUUGUCCGGCGUUUCCGAACUGUAUUGAUGCACUAAUUGAGCGGAUACUUGUGGCUAAUCAGAACUUGCCGAAUCCUCGCUUCGCUCAAAAGGAUGGUCAACUACAACUAAACUUAAUCGUUAUCGGAUUGGACUACAUUGCAAACGAUUUCAUUGACAAGGUGCACCAGCACUGCAAUGACAAUGGGGAGUAUAUUGUGGACGGUCAGGUUUACGGAUUGAACAUUGAAACGAUUAACCGGGAGAACGAUUCGUUUUCGUUUGAUUUGGCAUCUAAGGGAUUAAUAUGUUGCUACUCGAAUCGACAGACGUUUACCUACAUUUAUGAAGUGUUAGAUCGAUUAUUACUCGACAAUAUCGAUUUCAAGGAUAGUGUUAACAAUUUACACAUUGUUUUCAUGAGCGACGAGAAGAAUAGUGAAAGUACACUGCAGCAACUGCAAAACGAUGGCCAGUCUUUGGCGGAACGAUUGCACUGCGUUUUUAUCGAUGAAAACGAAUUUUAUGCUUCCGGUCAAGAGACACGAUUUGUGGAUACCACUUUGAAUAGCGUAAUCGAUUCGAUUCCUUUUGAAGAACUCAAAUAUGGAAUGAAUAUGGUAGAUAUUCCAGAUCUGAGGAUCAUCAUGUGUAUUUUUUGUGGCGACCCUUUCUCGAUCGAGAAUUUGCUGAGUUCAAUGAUGAUCGAACAAUCCUGCAUACAUGCAGGUGAAAGGAACAUCAUUUUUGAGAUGUUUUUAGGAGACUCUAAGCGUCGAGUGGAACUGAUUUUGUCCUCUUACCACGGGGCUAAUGCGUUCCGAGAUGACCUCAUUCAUGGGUUUAUCCUACUGUAUUCCAGCAAACGAAAGGCUUCUCUCUCAACGCUAAGCGCCUUUUCGCUAAACAUUCCAAAUCUGCCAAUGCAAAUCGUGUCCGUUUCGGAGCAAGGCGGUGUUAACGCCUUCUUCAAUAACGAAACAUCUCAAAUGUUGAUCACUGAAGGUAAUGCCAUAGCAGACAAACUGCGAGCUCAUUUUGCAACCGCCUCCGAUGAUGACAACCAGUUCAAGUUUGCCUCGUUUGCUCCGUUUUUGAAAGAAGUUUGGGACAAAAAACCUGAGAUUGAACAAGCCUUCAAUAUGGAAGAACCACUUACGAUCGAUUCCGGCGAGGGAACCAUGGAACAUUCAAUGCAUCAUCAUCACCAGCAAGCCCCGCAACCUCCACCACGAUAUGAAAGCUAUCUCAUUAACGGUUCCGCCACGACCUACCGUAGCCAACACCAACAUCCACACCAGCAAAAGAUGCUGUUUGACAACCGGUCCAUCAACUCACUGGACGACCUGGACAACCUAAAGCAACACCAGCAACAGUACUCCAACAUGUACUACUAUGAGGAUAGUAGUGAUUUUGAUAAGGGCGGAAGCAACCAAGGCUUCCAGAUAUAUCCUCCACCGACGACACCACCGGAGCCUGCACCUCCGGAUCAUCUGCUCACACCGUCCUCGAUUCUACGGCAGCUGAAAGCUAACACCGUUUCGCAGUCGCAGAGCAGCUUGGAGGAGAUCAACUCCGAUGUCAGUGGAUCCAAGGACUCGAUCAACACAUACGACUCAGGUUGGCUUGACGACGGAUUCCUCAUUCCGAAGCAGGACAACAAACAGAACGAAGACAUGUGGAAGCAGGUGAAUGCCCAUCAUGCCUUCACGACCGGUCGGAGACCGAAUCAAACAUCGUUCGCGAAGAAGAUUCGCCCGAAAGGGCCUAGUCAAACGCUAAAACAACCCGGUAAGCUGAAUCUUAAAAGCUUCGCCAUCGUAAACGAAGCGAUUGCACGAAUGAAUCUCGGCCAGUCGGACCAGACGCAGCUGGUAAUGGGCGGUGGAGUUGGCCAACCAGCACCACCGAUGACCGAGAAGGAGAAAAAGAAGGCCAAAAAAUUGCUGCAGCAGCAGUUGGAAAAUGCUCCGCUUGCCGCGCCGGAGGAUGACAGUGAGGAUUACGAAGAUGAGGCCGGCUAUGAGCAGAUCAAUGAUGCAUUUAGCGAUGCGGUUAAUAAUGUGGCGAGUCAAUUAUUUACCACCUUCUCCGGUGGGCAGCGGGUAGUGGUCGGGGGUGAUGCAAAUCAGCAAGCAAUCGAUUUGGCUGGGAAGAAUAAACUAAGACAACGGAGGGAGAAGGAACAAAUUUUUAACAUUCCAGAGUAUUCGGACUCGGAGAGCGACUCUAGUUCAUUGGAACGUAAACGCUCAACGGACGGUUACUCCAAAAUCAACCGUAAGCCUCAAACUCAUAAGCGGCAUCGUAAAAAGCGUAUCGCCAUUCCCGUGCAGCCACCAAAGAUUCCCUUGGGUCCCUUCGGUGGAGGAGGUGGCCUAGGAUCCGGUGGAGCAGGUGAUGGAGGUGGUCCACCAAUGAUGGUUGGCGUGCCCGGGGGUCAGUUAGGAUCCGCACUGGGAAUGCCAAUGAUGUACCAGAAACUUAAAAAUGAAAAGAACAUCGGAAUGGAUAAACAAGAGGAUGAAUCUAGUAUCGAUGUUUCCUCGCCGAGGGAUAACAACUCACCGAUCUUUGGCGUGCUUCCCAAAAUGGGUGACCGAGAAAAACUGAUUACCAAGCAGAAAAAUUGGUUCGGUAAAGAAAUUGAUAGUAGCAAGAGUAGCUCAAAAGACUCCAAGGAUUCGGAUACCAGUUCGAAAAAGACAGGGGGACGCACGGGCAAGUUAAUCAGUGGAAAGAAUGCGAAGAAUGUACCUCCGGUUCCUCAGCAACCAUCGUUAGCAAGUUUCAAGCAGUCGGAUAAAAACCUGGUGCCAUUAUUUGUCGAGAAGUGUGUCAAAUUCAUCGAACAGGAAGGUCUGGACUCAGAGGGAAUCUAUCGAGUUCCCGGUAACAGGACCCAUGUUGACCUGCUGUAUCAGAAAUUCGAUGACGGUAAGGUCGACGUAGACAUCGAAAAGCUGGACAUUCCAGUAAACGCUGUUGCAACAGCUCUCAAGGAUUUCUUCUCUAAACGGCUGCCGCCGUUGUUCAGUGCCGAUAUGAUGGCAGAACUGGAGGAUAUUGCUGGCUCGCGACCACCACAGGCCAUUAGUAGUCAUAACAUUGAUGUGGUUAAAACUGACCGCAGCUGUAGGCUGAUUGCACUGCGAUCACUUCUUGGGAGGCUACCGGCGAGUAACUUCGCUAUUCUAAGCUUUAUUUUUCAGCAUUUCGUGAGGGUCUCCGAAAACUCCAAGCUGAACAGCAUGGACAGCAAGAAUCUGGCUAUCUGCUGGUGGCCCACUUUGUUACCGAUCGAGUUCACCGACAUGAUGCGCUUCGAAACGAUGCGCCCCUACCUGGAGGACAUCGUGCAGACGAUGAUCGACCAGUAUCCGUUUCUGUUCCGCGGCGAGGAAGCGUUCGUGAUGGUUUGAUGUAAUGAGCCACAGCAACGAUCGCAGAACAGGCAGCAGCAGCCGAGCGAGUGAGUUGUUGAUUAUUUUUUAGUUUGAUUUCCAGCUGGUUGGGCUUUUUUGGCUUAAGCUACGAUACGAACGAAACAGGAGGGCAUAUUUCCCAAACUGGAUAUGGCUGUCACAUCUUAUUUUAGCUAGGCGUUUAGGCAAAGGAAAGAAAAUUGUUGUAAUUUUUUACAUCUAUUUUGCGCUAGAAAGUAGCUUCUUUUUCGAUAUGGGUUAAAGAUGUUUCGUGCGCAUUUAAAUUAGGUGGAACGCAUGCGUAAAAAGAUUUUUUAAUACUGUUCUCGUACUGCUAGCAAUUUUGAGAAAGAAAAAAAAUCAUACAAUUCGAUCCAAAUGAAGUAGAGCCUCUGUAUAAGUGUAUAUUUAUUGCUUUAGAUAUUCAUCGGCGCCUCAAAUUGGAGAUAGUUUUAUUUUGAGUUCUAUUUUUUAUUGCUUGGGUAUCGUGAUGAAGGCAAGCUUACCAACUUGCUACUUAAUCCCGAGUCAGAGAAAGAAGAAAAGGAAGAACAAAAACAACCAACAUUCUAUUAUAGAUUCAGAGAUAUUUUUAACUGGUUUUUCAGUGUAUUUGAGCAAAGCAUGGAUAAAAUAUUUGUAUAUUUACCUGUGUACAUUUUAAGGCAAAAAAAAAUAAACAACAAUGCUCUAAUUAGUGGAACAAGUAAGUAAAAAUGAAUCGUCUGUAAGGUUACUUGUUAAGCUAUUAUGGUAAUAACAAUUUAAGAUAUAAAAGCGAAAGCUGUAACAAAUAUGUGGUGAUAAAGUGGAAUACUUUUUGGUAGGCUUUAGUUAUCGUACUUUGUGUACUUUUAAAAGAGAGAAUCGAAACGAACUCAUACUCUUAUAACUAGGCAUUGUAGGAAUUAUAUGACUGUCUCGAAACAGAUUUAGUGUGAGCUGCGCCAGCAUCAUUGUAAGACGACACCAACGGACAAAUAACGAACGACACGUGGAAACGAUACUACUGGGGCAGUGUUGUUGCUAACCGAUUCUUUUUUAACCUUGCUUGUUAUUUAAAGUAUGGCUUCUCAGAGUAGAAUGCUAAGCUGCUGCUUUCAAACAUGGCUCUCUGAAUUGGUUUUAUGACAAGUUCACGUUUGCUUGAAUCAAAAAUCAACUGUUUUAUCCAGAAUUUUAUUAAAUAAUAUUGUCUUAUGAAACAGAGAAUAUGUCUGGAUGAUUCAACGUGGUUUACGUAUUGAUAUUCACGUGACGAAUGAAGAAAAUUUAAAGUCACGUAAAUAAAACUGAAUUUAAAAAAAGUAUUGAUAUUCAAAGUUUCCUUCAAAGCUGGGUUCAGUUCGAAUAAAAACAUUUCGGAUCGUCCACAUAGGCGUACCGUGAAUGGUUCGCGUCAUCGAAGUACAGUAGGAAAAUCAGCCAGCCCAGCUGAAUCCCCUGUGCUUCCUUAAUCCUUGUGACGGUAAGAAAUCUUGAUCUGCUAUCUAAACAAUGUAAAAAUAAUUUAUGAUAUAGGCCAGAAUAACCGCGUCAUACCAAGGUACAACAAAUUCGAUCUGAAAAAGAAUGCCAAGUUAAACACCAAGGGGUACACAAUAUGGGUAAUAACCUAGGAUACCAAAAGACCACGCUACUGUCCUGAGUAUACCGUCAAGCGAUAAUAACGGAAACUUAAUCAUCCAAACCUUUGCCUUUGAAAGACCAACUUUACAAAGAAACGGUAAAUUUAUUUUCUGAAUAAGUCAUAAAACCAAUAGACUCUAGUCAAACUAAAUAUUUGAAAACUUGAAGCAAUAUGCGAAGCUCCUCUGACAAUUCAAGCCUUCUAUGUUUCACAAUUUUUCAUCGACUCCGCGAACUAACAAAACGUGCCAUCUUGAUAGAAUCUCAUCUCUAUCAGUCAACGAAUAGUCUAACCAAUCAACAACUUAUCGAACUGCAACAUGAAUGACUAGAACGCAAAACAUUUUAACAAAUGAAAAACAGCCAACAAACAAUGAUUUCAAUCUAGAGAAAAAAAACAAACACUAAACUAACUUCAUUCCUUCCCCAAACAGAAAGUCUGUAGCAAUUAUGGUGACUAAACUAUGCCGAAACAAAUAAAUCUAUUAUAUGUAUUAUUUUCAAGCAUUUACUUACAAAACAUACAACAACAACAACAACAACAAAAACAACAAGAAUAGACGCUAAAAGUGAGACAGUGUGUAAAAGAUGCGCUUUUUAUGUAUUGUUUAUUUGUUUGAUUUUAUUUUAAAUAGUUUUAUCAAAUUAGCGUGUAUAUUUUAAUUGCUUUAGCGAUAAACAAUAAAUCCACUAGAAAGGCAAAUGAUGCAACGGCUGGAUAGGGGAGACGUGGAACACGAAUCGCUCUUCUUUAGAUAGAAAUAUAAUUUUAACAAAAAUGGACAAACAAGACAAACGUGAACAGAACGAAUGACCAAAUCACAGUUAGGUUCGAAGCAUCUACAGAACAAGAACGAACAAGGGUAAAACUGAUUCACCAAUGCUCACCAAAUAAAUUAAAAGACAUCGAGGAGGCAAGCGAAGAAGUGUUGGAACGAUUCAAUUACAUGAAACAAAACAAAAUAAAAAAAAAAACACUUAUGAACAAAGUAUUAUGUUGUACUCUAAUAUGCAGCAUGCAGAGUUGUGUUAAAUGUGUAGAUGUGUAUAAACAGUCGUCGGUUGAAAAUUUGGAAUGGAACACAGCAUCACGAUACAGUUUGAUUAUUUUAUCAGUCAAUGUGAUACCUCUAGAAACAAACAUGAAUAUUUGGAAGGAAAGGGAAACUACACUACACUGUAGCAAAAUAUGCAUAUGCUGAACGGCAAUUGGAAUUUGUACUGAAAAGAGAAUGGUGGACUGAGCAGCGUUGAAAACAGGAUGUGCGGCUUUGGUUGCAGUAAUGUGCUAUGGAUCGAAAUAUUCGUGUUGUGUGCGGAAUCAUAAUAAUGAACAGAAAUUUGAAGCAAGUAACCUUUUGCACACAUUACCGUUAUCAAAUUCGCACAUCGGAAGGAACACGGGCAGACUUAAUCUAGACACGAACCCCACAAAUGCACACAUACACCCCAACUAAAAUGUUGUACAAAUUAAAUAAAAACAGAAACCUAAAAAAGGGAUAGUGAGAGGACACGUAACGUUAGCCAAAAUACAGUUCUGCAGUAGUGUGAGUGACCGCCGCCAUCUGUAUUUUUCGUAGCUUUUUUAACAAAAUUAAGAACGAAGCAAGCGUAGCAUAACACGUGUAUCGUGAUGUCGUAAUCAAAAUUAGAAAGUUGAGAAAGAAUACGCACACACUGGAAAAUAUGACCGCGAAAAUAAUACGAACAGUGAUCCCGAUUGUAACGUAACCCAUCUGACAAAACCGUAACUUCCCUCGUUCGACCUCAGUGUAGCGGAAUUGAAGAGUUCCCAGCCGCUAAAGCGAAAUCAGAAACGAAUAAAAUGACGCUAAAUACUCACACACCAAAAACACCUGAAUUGGGUUUGAAUACACGAGAAAAUAACUAGUAUUGAAAUUGAACCGAUGCACACUGUUCUGUUCUCCCCUUAUAUUACUGAUAGGUGUGAUUAUCAUUGCCAUCCCAGCAGUUUCCAAGAACCUCAACGAAGUAAACGAGCAAACGAAUAGACGAAGAUGGUAGAAACUAGCGAUCGACAUUUGAUCGAAUAUGACAAACAAGUCAAAGGCCAUUUUUCCUAAUAGCAGUUAAAGGGAAUCGAUAAAAAUAAUAUUCAUACUUUGAGCGAAUUCGUUUCAAAGUUUAAAAAAAGCCCAUUAGUAGUUAUAGUAAUGAAAAACAAAUGACAUGUACUAUCGAUAAAAAACAGAUAAACCAAACAAGUUGUAAAUUCGUGUCUUGAAACAACCAAAAUGUCGGUUUAAAAUUAAAGAGUAAUAAAAAUAAACGCCAAACCCCA